GAAAGAGUGAAAGGAAAAAAGUGCGAAGAAAGGUAAUUUUCUCAUUUCACUCUUCAUUUCAUUAAUGGUUUGUAACACUGACGACUAAUUUUGUAUAAUUCAUCUUACGAUAAUCAACUAAUAAUCAAAGUGGAUCAUCAUUACUGGCGUAGACCUGUUCUUUUCAAGACUAGGGUCCAUUCAAAUUAUCUAAACAAAACGGAGACCCCAUCAAUAAUUGGUAUAUGCCACAAAUGUGGAGAAGCGGUCCUCAGCGAGGGCACUGGGUGCACCGCCAUGGAUCAAGUUUACCACAUAAGAUGCUUUAGAUGUAGCAUCUGUAAUCGUAUGCUUCAAGGUCUUCCAUUUUAUGCAUUAGACGGAAAACCAUACUGUGAAGAUGAUUAUCUUAACACUUUGGAAAAAUGUUGCGUCUGUAAUCGACCCAUCUUGGAUAGAAUCCUCCGAGCAACUGGUAAACCUUACCAUGCUGAAUGUUUCACUUGUACCGUUUGCGGUAAAGGUUUGGAGGGAAUCCCAUUCACUGUUGACAGUGGGAAUCAGAUACAUUGUAUAGAAGAUUUCAACAAAAAGUUCGCUCCUCGUUGUAGCGUUUGUGAUAAACCAAUCAUUCCAGAACCUAAUCAACCAAAUACAGUUCGAGUUGUGGCUCUCGACAGAAAUUUUCAUGUCAGUUGUUACAAGUGUGAGGAUUGUGGUCUCCUCCUAUCGUCUCAAGCUGAAGGAAGAGGCUGUUACCCUUUGGAUGAGCAUAUCCUUUGUCGUAACUGCAACGCCCGAAGAGUGAGACAGUUAACAGCAAGUGUCUGCUAAGAUUACUUGCUUAAUCAACUGUCAAGAGAAUCAUUUUCUUUAACAAACCAUGUAAAACUUUUUGCUUAUGGGUAAAAAUGAUCCUUUAAAUCAACCUAACAUCACCAAUAAAUAGCAACGUAUAUGUAACCACGCACACAACCAACACUUAUAGUAAGAUACACUCACACACAUACAUACACUUUAUCUCUCACUCAUUCAUUCACUGAUCACAAUAAUAUAUUGCUAAAGCCCACCUUUUUUACUUUUGUGGUCAAAGACUGAGAUCUGCUUGCUUCUUUUGAAAGACCUGAUUGUAAAAUCAGAUUUUGAUGCUUUUAUUCUCAAUUUUGGUAAUAAAAAAAGCUAUUUGUGACCAUCGAUUUAUUGAUAAUUGUUGCUAAAUUGCAUCUUUUAAAACUUAAUUCUUUCAUUUUAUAAAUAAAACCUUUUUUGUAAA